AUGUCGUCUUCCUACGGAGACGGUACCUUUUCGGAUAAUUCUAUGACGGGUGACGCAUCCGCGUCGCCCCCUCCGCCGCCGUCUUCGUCUGAUUUCUCUUCUUCCUCGUCAUCCUCCUCCACCUCCUCCUCCCCGCCGCCGCCGCCGCCGUCGUCCGAUGGCUCUUCCUCCUCGUACUCGCCGCCGUCGGAUGGUUCUUCCUCAUCGCCGCCGCCGCCGUCGCCGUCGUCGGGCGGCGAUUCGUCUUCUGAAUCGUAUAACCAGUCGAAAUCAGAAGGAAAUUAUAGCAAUGGCGAUAAUGGUAAAUCGUCCAAAUCUGACUCGUCCGGUGGAGAUUCGCCGCCGGUGGACGGCUCUUCCGGCGGAUCAUCGAUGAAGGAGCUGCCGAAAUCGUCGCAGGAGAAUCAAAAAGCCAUCAUCGCCGGCGCCGCCGCGUCGGCGGCGCUGCUGCUCAUCAUCGUCAUUCUGUGCUGCGUCUGCUGUUGCCGGAAAAGAAAACGCCGCCAUAAAUACUACCAUGAAAAUCCCCAUUCCCACGCAAGUCCGUCUCCAUUAAUCAAUCUCCAUUGCAACGAUUACUACAGCAGCGGAUUCGACGGCAACGUGAAGAUGACUCCGCCGCCGCCGGGGAGCGGCGGCGGGAUGAGCUCAGACCACAGCUGGAUGCCUCCAGCGGCGGCGGCGAUGAUGAGCAGCGGCGGCGAGAUGAGCUCCGGGUACUCUGGAGGCGGGAUGGGAAUUGGGGGGUACAACCAGGGAAGCUUCACGUACAACGAUCUAGCGGCGGCGACGGAGGGUUUUUGUGAGGCGAAUCUGCUAGGGCAGGGAGGAUUCGGGUACGUCCACAAAGGCGUCCUUCCAAACGGGAAGGAAGUUGCAGUGAAGAGCUUGAAAUCGAACAGCGGGCAAGGCGAGCGUGAGUUUCAGGCGGAGGUUGAGAUCAUCAGCCGCGUCCACCACCGCCAUCUGGUGUCGCUGGUCGGCUACUGCACCGCCGGAGCUCAGAGGAUGCUCGUUUAUGAAUUCGUCGACAAUGGAACUCUUGAAUUUCACCUUUACGGAGCUGGUCGACCGACGAUGGAAUGGGCAACCAGGCUUAAAAUUGCAUUAGGGGCUGCAAAAGGAUUUGCUUACCUUCACGAAGACUGCAAUCCGAGAAUCAUCCACAGGGAUAUUAAAACAGCAAAUAUUUUAAUAGAUCGACAAUUUGAGGCUAAGGUGGCAGAUUUUGGCCUGGCUAAGCUUUCUUCAGACACAAAUACACAUGUUUCGACUCGAAUCAUGGGGACAUUUGGGUAUUUGGCGCCGGAAUACGCAUCGACCGGUAAGCUAACUGAAAAAUCGGAUGUAUACUCAUUCGGGGUGGUGCUUUUGGAGCUCAUAACUGGCCGGCGCCCCAUCGAUCUCACCAGAGAUGACGACGACGACACCUUGGUCGAUUGGGCGAGGCCGAUUUUGAUGAGUGUUCAAGAAGGCGGAAGUUUCGAGGAGCUAGUCGAUCCACGCCUUGGCAACAACUACAACCCCCCCGAGAUGCUCCGUAUGGUUCAUUGCGCCGCGGCCGCUAUCCGUCAAUCUGCCCGAAGGCGCCCCAAAAUGAGCAAGUUGGUCCGGGUACUCGAAGGCGAUGUAUCUUUAGAAGAUCUUAACGAGGGGAUAAAGGCCACGCCGAGCAGCGCGACGUUGGCGUCGAGCGGGUCAGAUUACGACGGCAGCAGAAUGAGGAGCAGCGGAAAUGUGCCGUCGAGCCAAGAGUUCAGCAGCGACGAGUACGUGCACUCCGCCGCCGCCAGCACCUCGCCGGCACCCAACCUCCCGCGCCCGCCGGCACUUUAA